GCGGGAGCGGAGGGAGCGGAGGGAGCCCGCGGGCCGUCGGGCCGGGCGCCAUGGAGCCGUGGCCGUGGCUGACGGCGGCGCUGCUGCUGCUGCUGCUGCUGCUGCAGCUGAGCCGCGCGGCGCGCUUCUACGCCAAGAUCAGCCUGUACUGCGCGCUCUGCUUCUCCGUCUCCAUCCUGGCCGCCGCCGUCUGCCUGCUGCGCCACGGCGGCCGCACCGUGGACAACAUGAGCAUCAUCAGCUGGUUCGUGCGGACCUUCAAGUACCUGUUCGGCCUCCGCUUCUCCGUGAAGGGGCGUGAGGAGCUGUGGAAGGACCGGCCCUGCGUCAUCGUGUCCAACCACCAGAGCAUCCUGGACAUGAUGGGCCUCAUGGAGGUGCUGCCGCCGCGCUGUGUGCAGAUCGCCAAGCGGGAGCUGCUGUUCACGGGCCCCGUGGGCCUCAUCAUGUACCUGGGCGGCGUCUUCUUCAUCAACCGGCAGCGCUCCAGCACCGCCAUGAGCGUCAUGGCCGACGUGGGCGAGCUCAUGCUGCGGGAGAACCUCAAAGUGUGGAUCUACCCCGAGGGCACACGCAAUGACAACGGGGACCUGCUGCCCUUUAAGAAGGGCGCCUUCUACCUGGCUGUGCAGGCCCAGGUGCCCGUGGUCCCCGUGGUGUACUCCAGCUUCUCCUCCUUCUACAACUCCCGGACGAAGCUCUUCACCUCAGGCACCAUCCAGGUGGAGGUCCUGGACCCCAUCCCCACCAGCGGCCUCACCGUGGACGACGUGCCGGCGCUCAUAGACACCUGCCACCGCGCCAUGCGCACCGCCUUCCUGCGCCUGUCCAAGCCCCCGCAGGAGAACGGGGCCCCGGAGCCGGCCGCCCAGUGACCGCCGCCGGGGGACCAGCGGCUCCGCUCUCCGGCUGCCAGCGCGGGCCUCCCCCCGCCUCCACCGCCGGUGUCCCUGCCGGGCCGGGCUCCCCAGCCCCGAGGCCGUGGGACUCCCCCCGCCUGCAUCAGGCGGCCCGGGGCGCGAAUACUGAAUCCGAACGGCACAUGGCUUUCCGUUGUGGUCAAUCCUCCCCAGGAUUUUCUUUCCAUUGAUUCUCCGAGAGCCGGAGGGGGGGGGGUGGCAGAGACACACGCCCCCCGACCCCACACGCCCCCCGAUCCGGGCUGCGAGCUGAGCCUGGAACGGAGGUGCCCGCUCUUGACUGGGACCCGAACCUGGGGCUCCUCCGUCCAGGGGCCGGCGCGCUGACCAUUGCACCACCAGCCGGGCGCACAGGGUUGUUUUUAUAAAUGGACUCUUGCAAGUG